AUGUCAUACAUAACUCUAAGCCUAGGCAACCGGGAUGCAGUGCCACACAGUGCUCGCAGCUGCCCUGGCAAGGAUCUCAACGCAGAGAUCGACCGCCUUCAGGGGAAGAUACAGGAGCUCGGCGGGCCCGAGGCAGCUGUGGCGGAGCAAGGGGAGCUGGUCGAGCUGCUGAAGACCCGCACCACCAACGAGGCCCGUAACUCCGACAUUUCCGAGCAGCAGAAGGACACUUUGGCCAUGCUGAUGGAGGCUCGUUUGGGCGAGAUCGAGCGCUUGCAAGAGGCACGAGACGCAGUACGACUGGAGCUGCUGAAGGUCAAGAAAAGCGGAGGCACGGAUGUGGAAGCCCAGGAAGAGUGCAUCACCAAAUUGGAGGAGCAGCUUGCAGCUGCAAGGGCUGACUGCGAGAAGAUGUCCGAAAAGGCCGCCGAGGUUGGCAUGGGCAAGAUCUUCAGGGCUGCCAUCUUGGCCCUUCACCGGCAGGAUGAGGACUCCAUGGUCUCCUACCUGCAGGACCAGCUCAAUCUCCUGCAGGCGACUUCUGCAGAGGAUGCUGCGGAGGUAAAGCGCCUUGAGGAGGAAAGCAACGCUGCUUUGCAGAAAGCGCGGGAGGCAGCUGAGGAGGCGAAGGCGGCUGCAGAAGAUGCACUGCAGGAGAAGAUGGAGCAUGUCCAGGCCAUUGCGGCAGAGCGCGAUGCGGCACAGAGCGAAGCCCGUCGUCUUACGGAGCAGAUGGGCAGCUCAAAGGAAGAUCUCAUGGAGAAGCAGGAGGCAAUUGCCGCCAUCAUCCGAUCGGAAAUGCAGUCUUGGGAAGACAAGCUCCAGAAAGCCGACGAGUCCGAGAGGGUCUUGAAGAAGUCCUUCGAGGACAUGGGCGUGAGUUUGCAGGAUAUGAUGGCGAUGAUCACGAAGGGCGGUGGCUUUGGUGGAAAAGAUGGCGCUGUAUGCCAUUUCGUCAACCUGUGUGAAGAUGCUCAUGACGAUGGCUUAAUCUAUCUCAUCCCCGAAGGCACAACCAAGAUCAAGAAGUACGAGGACGACGAUGAGGAAGUCUGCAUCAAGUUGGAUGGCGACAGCAUACGGCCUGUGCAUGCGAUCCUGGAGUCUCUGGAAUCCAGUGGAGUUACGAUCAAAUCUGCAGAAAAAGAUGCCGUUCUUUGGGUCAAUGGCAACGCUGUCGAGUACGGUGGGGCCGGGGUGCGAUUGGAGCACGGCGCGCGCGUCAUUUUCGGAAGUGACUUUGUAUUCAGGUUUGUGGAUCCUAAGGGGAAAAAGGCGAAGAAAGUAGCUGCUGCAGCAACCUCCACUGGCUUCGACGACAAGGGCAUGCCGGUGGUAAUUGACUGGCAUUAUGCUAUGGCCGAGUUGUCCCGCAAGAAUGGGGUGGAUGCAGAAGAAGAGAUCCGGAAAGCAAGAGAGAAGUUGAAUGAUGAGAUGGCAGAGAAGGAGGCCAAACUGGCCGAGGAACAGAAGAUGCUGGAGGAGAAGAUGGAGGUGGAGCGAGCAGAGUACGAAAAGCAGAUCGAAGAAUUGAAAAAAGGAGCCAAAGCGUCUGACCCCGAGAAGCUGAAAGAGGAGCAGAUGCAGACGCAGUUGACACUUCAGAAGUUCAAAAGCAAGCUGGACAUGCAGAGAUCACGAGCUCAGUGGGUUCGUGCUGCCUUCACAGCCGGCAAGGAUUCCCGAUUUGAGUUGGACAUCCGCCUCUCACGUCAGCAAAUGGCCGAGCUUCAACCUCGGUUGGUGGAGGCAAACAGAAUCGCCGCAAAUGUGGGGGUGCAGUAUGCCUUCCAUUUCAUCGAUGCCAUAGACCCCAGGGCUCGAAGACAAGACUCCAAUGUCGACGAGAAGAUGGUUGAGGAAGCCAAGCGGCUGCUGCUUCAAGUCAAG